AUGUCUCCUCUUUUAUAUUCUUACGCGUUUCCUUCUUCCGUUUCCAUGUCAGCCUCUCCUCUCUUUAUAUUCUUACGCGUUUCCUUCUUCCGUUUCCAUCUCCUCUCCUUUAUAUUCUUACGUUUCCUUCUUACCGUUUCCAUGUCAGCCUCUCCUUCUUCCCGUUUCCAUGUCAGCCUCUCCAUGUCUCUUUAUAUUCUUACGUUUCCUUCUUCCCGUUUCCUUCUUCCUUACGUUUCCAUGUCAGCCUCUCCUCUCUUUAUAUUCUUACGCGUUUCCUUCUUCCGUUUCCAUGUCAGCCUCUCCUCUCUUUAUAUUCUUACGCCAUGUCAGCCUUCCUUCUUCUUUAGUUUCCAUGUCAGCCUCUCCUCUCUUUAUAUUCUUCUUUUCCUUCUUCCGUUUCCAUGUCAGCCUCUCCUCUGUUUAUAUUCUUUAUAUUUCCUUCUUCCGUUUCCGUUUCCAUGUUUCCUUCUUCCGUUUUCCUCCUCUCUCUCUUUAUAUUCUUACGCUUUUCCUUCUUCCGUUUCCAUGUCAGCCUCUCCUCUCUUUUAUAUUCUUACGCGUUUCCUUCUUCCGUUUCCAUGUCAGCCUCUCCUCUCUUUAUAUUCUUACGCGUUUCCUUCUUCCGUUUCCAUGUCAGCCUCUCUCUCUUUAUAUUCUUUACGCGUUUCCUUCUUCCGUUUCCUCUCUCUUUAUAUUCUUACGCGUUUCCUUCUUCCGUUUCCAUGUCAGCCUCUCCUCUCUUUAUAUUCUUACGCGUUUCCUUCUUCCGUUUCCAUGUCAGCCUCUCCUCUCUUUUCUUAUUUCCUUCUUCCGUUUCCAUUCUUCCUCUCUUUAUAUUCUUACGCGUUUCCUUCUUCCGUUUCCAUGUCAGCCUCUCUCUCUUUAUAUUUCUUACUUCCGUUUUCCAUGUCAGUUCUCCUUCUUCCGUUUUCCAUGUCAUCAGCCUCUCCUCUCUUUAUAUUCUUACGUUUCCUUCUUCCGUUUUCAUGUCAGCCUCUUUCUUUAUGUCAGCCCUCUCCUCUCUUUAUUCUUAUUCCUUCUUCGCCAUGUUUCCUCUCUUUAUAUUCUUCCUCUUUUCCGUUUCCAUGUCAGCCUCUCCUCUCUUUAUAUUCUUACGCGUUUCCCUUCUUCUUUUCCAUCUUUAUAUUCUUUAGCGUUUCCUUCUUCCGUUUCCAUGUCAGCCUCUCCUCUCUUUAUAUUCUUACCCUUCUCCACUCUUUAUAUUCUUACGCGUUUCCUUCUUCCUCUUUAAUGUCGGCCUCUCCACUCUUUAUAUUCUUACGCGUUUCCUUCUUCCGUUUCCAUGGCAGCCUCUCCUCUCUUUAUAUUCUUACGCGUUUCCUUCUUCCGUUUCCAUGUCAGCCUCUCCUCUCUUUAUAUUCUUUAGCGUUUCCUUCUUCCGUUUCCAUGUCAGCCUCUCCUCUCUUUUUAUAUUCUUCUUCCACCAUGUCGUUUUCCUUCUUCCGUUCCAUGUCAUGUCAGCCUCUCCUCUCUUUAUAUUCUUACGCCUUUUCCUUCUUCCCUCUCUUUAUAUUCUUUAGCGUUUCCUUCUUCCCGUCAUGCCUCUCCUCUCUUUAUUUCUUACGCGUUUCCUUCUUCCGUUUCCAUGUCAGCCUCUCCUCUCUUUAUAUUCUUUAUUUCCAUGUCAGCCUCUCCUCUCUUUAUUUCUUUCCCUUCUUCCGUUUCCAUGUCAGCCUCUCCUCUCUUUAUAUUCUUACGCGUUUCCUUCUUCCGUUUCCAUGUCAGCCUCUCCUCUCUUUAUAUUCUUACGCGUUUCCUUCUUCCGUUUCCAUCGUUUCCUUCUUCCGUUUCCAUGUCAGCCUCUCUUUUAUAUUCUUACUCUUUCCUUCUUGUUUCCAUGUCCCUCUCCUCUCUUUUAUAUUCUUACGCGUUCCUUCUUCCGUUUCCAUGUCAGCCUCUCCUCUUUUUAUAUUCUUACGCGUUUCCUUCUUCCGUUUCCAUGUCAGCCUCUCCUCUCUUUAUAUUCUUACGCGUUCCUUCUUCCGUUUCCAUUCUCUCUCUUUAUAUUCUUACGUUUCCUUCUUCCGUUUCCAUGUCAGCCUCUCCUCUCUUUAUAUUCUUUAUAUUCUUCCGUUUCCAUGUCAGCCUCUCUCUCUUUAUAUUCUUGCUUCCUUCUUCAUGUCAGCCUCUCCUCUCUUUAUAUUCUUACGCGUUUCCUUCUUCCAUUUCCAUGUCAGCCUCUCCUCUUAUGUUCUUUUUCCUUCUUCCGUUUCCAUGUCAUCUCCUCUUCUUAUAUUCUUACACGCGUUUCCUUCUUCCCUUUCUUUAUGUUCUUACGCGUUUCCUUCUUCCGUUUCCAUGUCAGCCUCUCCUCUCUUUAUAUUCUUUAGCGUUUCCUUCUUCCGUUUCCAUGUCAGCCUCUCCUCUCUUUAUAUUCUUACGCGUUUCCUUCUUCCGUUUCCAUGUCAGCCUCUCCUCUCUUUAUAUUCUUUAGCGUUUCCUUCUUCCGUUUCCAUGUCAGCCUCUCCUCUCUUUAUAUUCUUACGCGUUUCCUUCUUCCGUUUCCAUGUCCAUGUCCCUCUCCUCUCUUUAUAUUCUUUAGCGUUUCCUUCUUCCGUUUCUUCAGCCUCUCCUCUCUUUAUAUUCUUUGGCGUUUCCUUCUUCCUUCCUCUCUUUAUAUUCUUUUCCAUGUCAGUUUCCUCUUCCGUUUUCAUUUUUCCUUCUUCCGUUUCCAUGUCAGCCUCUCCUCUCUUUAUAUUCUUUUUGCGUUUCCUUCUUCCGUUUCCAUGUCAGCCUCCUCUCUUUAUAUUCUCUUUUCCUUCUUCCCGUAUUCUUUCUCUUUAUAUUCUUACGCGUUUCCUUCUUCCGUUUCCAUGUCAGCCUCUCCUCUCUUUUUCCUUCUUUUAUAUUCUUACGCGUUUCCUUCUUCCGUUUUCCAUGUCAGCCUCUCCUCUCUUUAUAUUCUUACGCGUUUCCUUCUUCCAUUUCCUCUCUUUAUUUCCUCAGCCUCUCCUUCUUCCGUUUAUAUUCUCUCUUUAUAUUCUUACGCGUUUCCUUCUUCCGUUUCCAUGUCAGCCUCUCCUCUUUAUAUUCUUAUUCCUUCUUCCCCCCUUCUUCCGUUUCCAUGUCAGCCUCUCCUUACGCUUUCUUUUCCCGUUCCAUGUCAUCUCUCUCUUUAUAUUCUUACGCGUUUUCCUUCUUCCGUUUCCAUGUCAGCCUCUCCUCUUUAUAUUCUUUAUAUUCUUUCCAUGUCAGCGCGUUUCCUUUAUAUUCUUCCGUUUCCUUCCGUCCAUGUCAGCCUCUCCUCUCUUUAUAUUCUUACGCGUUUCCUUCUUCCCGUUUCCAUUCAGCCUCCAUGUUUCCUUCUUCCUUUCCUGUCAGCCUCUCUUCUCUUUAUAUUCUUACGCGUUUCCUUCUUCCGUUUCCAUGUCAGCCUCUCCUCUCUUUAUAUUCUUUAGCGUUUCCUUCUUCCGUUUCCAUGUCAGCCUCUUCCAUGUUCUUAGCCCUUCUUCCGUUUCCAUGUCUUUAUAUUCUUACGCGUUUCCUUCUUCCGUUUCCAUGUCAGCCUCUCUCUCUUUAUAUUCUUAUGUUUCCUUCUUCCGUUUCCAUGUCAGCCUCUCCUCUCUUUAUAUUCUUCCGUUUCCAUGUUCUCCUUCUUUAUAUUCUUUAGCGUUUCCUUCUUCCGUUUCAUGUCCUCUCCUCUCUUUAUAUUCUUACGCGUUUCCUUCUUCCGUUUUCCAUGUCAGCCUCUCCUCUCUUUAUAUUCUUACGUUUCCUUCUUUCCAUGUUUCUCCUCUUUUUAUUUUGUCAGCUUCCGUUUCCAUCAGCCUCUCUUUUUAUAUUCUUACGCGUUUCCUUCUUCCGUUUCCAUGUCAGCCUCUCCUCUUUAUUUCUUACGUUUCCUUCUUCCUUUUUAUAUUCUCUCUUUAUAUUCUUACGCGUUUCCUUCUUCCGUUUCCAUGUCAGCCUCUCCUCUCUUUAUAUUCUUUAGCGUUUCCUUCUUCCCGUUUCCUUCUUCCGUUUCCAUGUCAGCCUCUCCUCUCUUUAUAUUCUUACGCGUUUCCUUCUUCCGUUUCCAUGUCAGCCUCUUUCCUUCUUCCCUUCCGUUUCCUCUCUCUCUUUAUAUUCUUUAGCCCUUCUUCCGUUUCCAUGUCAGCCUCUCCUCUCUUUAUAUUCUUAUUUCCUUCUUCCGUUUCCAUGUCAGCCUCUUCCUUCUUUAGCCCUUCUUCCGUUUCCAUGUCAGCCUCUCCUCUUUAUUUCUUACGCGUUUCCUUCUUCCGUUUCCAUAGCCUCUCUUUUUAUAUUCUUUUAGCGUUUUCUUCCGUUUCCAUCGUUUCCUUCUUCCGUUUUCCAUGUCAGCCUCUCCUCUCUUUAUAUUCUUACGUUUCCUUCUUCCGUUUCCAUGUCAGCCUCUCCCUCUCUUUAUAUUCUUUAUUUCCUUCUUCCCGUUCCAUGUCCUUCCUCUCCUCUCUUUAUAUUCUUUUGCGUUCUUCUUCCGUUUCCAUGUCAGCCUCUCCUCUCUUUAUAUUCUUACGCGUUUUCUUCUUCCUCUUUAAUUCAGCCUCUCCUCUCUUUAUAUUCUUUAGCGUUUCCUUCUUCCGUUUUAUAUGUCAGCCUCUCCUCUCUUUAUAUUCUUACGCGUUUCCUUCUUCCGUUUCCAUGUCAGCCUCUCCUCUCUUUUAUAUUCUUACGCGUUUCCUUCUUCCGUUUCCAUGUCAGCCUCUCCUCUCUUUAUAUUCCUUCUUCCCGUUUUCCAUUCUCCUCUUUUCCUUCUUCCGUUUCCAUGUCAGCCUCUCCUCUCUUUAUAUUCUUUUAGCGUUUCCUUCUUCCAUGUCAGUUUCCAUAUUCUUACGCGCCUCUCCGUUUUCCAUGUCUCUUUAUAUUCUUUUUUCCUUCUUCCGUUUCCAUGUCAGCCUCUCCUCUUUAUAUUCUUUUAUAUUCUUUUGCGUUUCCUUCUUCCGUUUCCAUGUCAGCCUCUCCUCUUUUAUAUUCUUUAGCGUUUCCUUCUUCCGUUUCCAUGUCAGCCUCUCCUCUCUUUAUAUUCUUAUAUUCUUUAGCGUUUCCUUCUUCCGUUUCCAUGUCAGCCUCUCCAUUCUUUAUAUUCUUACGCGUUUCCUUCUUCCGUUUCCCAUGUCAGCCUCUCCUCUCUUUAUAUUCUUACGCGUUUCCUUCUUCCGUUUCCAUGUCAGCCUCUCCUCUCUUUAUAUUCUUACGCGUUUCCUUCUUCCGUUUCCAUGUCAUCCUCUCCUCUCUUUCCAUGUCAGCCUCUCCUUUAGCGUUUCCUUCUUCCGUUUCCAUGUCAGCCUCUCCUCUCUUUAUAUUCUUACGCGUUUCCUUCUUCCGUUUCCAUGUCAGCCUCUCCUCUCUUUAUAUUCUUAUUUCCUUCUUCCGUUUCCAUUUCCUUCUUCUUUAUAUUCUUUACGUUUCCAUGUCAGCCUCUCCUCUCUUUAUAUUCUUUACGCGUUUCUUUUCCUCUUUUCCCUCUCCGCUUUCAUUCUUUCUUCUUUAUGUCAGCCUCUCUUUCUUUAUGCGUUUCCUUCCUCUUCCAUGUCAACCUCUCCUCUCUUUAUAUUCUUACGCGUUUCCUUCUUCCGUUUCCAUGUCAGCCUCUCCUCUUUAUAUUCUUACACGUUUCCUUCUUCCGUUUCCAUGUCAACCUCUCCUCUCUUUAUAUUCUUACAUUUCCCUUCUUGCAUUUCCAUAUCAACCUCUCCUCUCUUUAUAUUCUUACAUUUCCUUCUUCAAAUUUCAUGUCCUUCUCUCCUCUCUUUAUAUUCUUACAUUUUCCUUCUUCGUUCCAUGUCAGCCUCUCUCUUUUAUAAUGCCGCAUUUCCUCUCUUCCAUUUCCAUGUCAGCCUCCUCUCUCUUAUAUUCUUUAGCGUUUCCUUCUUCCGUUUCCAUGUCAGCCUCUCCUCUCUUAUUCUUACGUUUCCUUCUUCCGUUUCCAUGUCAGCCCCUCCUCUCUCCCAUAUUCUUUUUAGCAUUUCCUUCUUCCGUUUCCAUGUCAGCCUCUCCUCUCUUUAUAUUCUUACGCAUUUCCUUCUUCCGUUUCCAUGUCAGCCUCUCCUCUCUUUAUAUUCUUUAGCGUUUCCUUCUUCCGUUUCCAUGUCAGCCUCUCCCCUCUUUUUUUAUAUUCUUACGCGUUUCCUUCUUCCGUUUCCAUGUCAGCCUCUCCAAUCUCUUUUAUAUUCUUACGCUGCUCCUUCUUCCGUUUCCAUGUCAGCCUCUCUCUCUUUAUAUUCUUACGCGUUUCCUUCUUCCGUUUCCAUGUCAGCCUCUCCUCUCUUUAUAUUCUUACGCGCUUCCUUCUUCCGUUUCCAUGUCAGCCUCUCCUCUCUUUUUAUAUUUUCUUCCGUUUCCAUGUCAGUUUCCUUCUUCCCUUCCUUUCCAUGUCAGCCCUCUCUCUUUAUAUUCUUACACAUUUCCUUCUUCCGUUUCCAUUUGCUCCUUCUUCCGUUUCCAUGUCAGCCCCUCCUUUAUAUUCUUAGCUUUCCUUCUUCCGUUUCCAUGUCAGCUUCUCCUCUCUUUUAUAUUCUUUACGCGUUUCCUUCUUCCGUUUCCAUGUCAGCCUCUCCUCUUUUAUAUUCUUACGCAUUUCCUUCUUCCGUUUCCAUGUCAGCCUCUCUCUUUUAUAUUGCUAGCAUUUCCUUCUUCCGUUUCCAUGUCAGCCUCUCUCUCAUAUUCUUACGCGCUUCCUUCUUCCGUUCCAUGUCAUGUCCUUAUAUUCUCCCUCUCUUAUAUUCUUACGCGUUUCCUUCUUCCCUGCUUCCUUCUUCCGUUUCCAUGUCAGCCUCUCCUUUAUAUUCUUACGCGUUUCCUUCUUCCAUUUCCAUGUCAGCCUCUCCUCUCUUUAUAUUCUUACGCGUUUCCUCCUUCCGUUUCCAUGUCAGCCUCUCCUCUGUUUUAUAUUCUUCUUCACGUAGCGUCCUUUCCUUCUUCCGUUUCCAUGUCAGCCUCCUCUCUUUAUAUUCUUACGCGUUUCCUUCUUCCGUUUCCAUCUUACGCGUUUCCUUCUUCCGUUUCCAUGUCAGCCUCUCCUCUUUAUAUUCUUACGCGUUUCCUUCUUCCGUUUCCAUGUCAGCCUCUCCUCUCUUUUAUUUCCUCUUCCGUUUAGCUGCCUUCCUUCUUCCGUUUCCAUGUCAGCCUCCUCCUCUCUUUUAUAUUCUUACGCGUUUCCUUCUUCCGUUUCCAUGUCAGCCUCUCCUCUCUUUAUAUUCUUCCGUUUCCAUGUUCUCCUUCUUCCGUUUCCAUCUUCCAUUUCCAUGUCAGCCUCUCUCUUUAUAUUCUAUUUAUGUUCUCUUUAUAUUCUUACCGUUUCCAUGUCAGCCUUCCUUCUUCCGUUUCCAUGUCAGCCUCUCCUUUAUAUUCUUACGCGUUUCCUUCUUCCGUUUCCAUGUCAGCCUCUCCUUAUAUUUUAUAUUCUUACGUUUCCGUGUCCUUCCUUCUUCCGUUUCCAUGUCAGCCCCUCUCCUCUUACUUUAUAUUCUUCCACGCUUUAUAUUCUUUUCCUUCUUCCAUGUCAGCCUUUCCAUGUCUUACGCCUCCUUCCCGUUUCCAUGUCAGCCUCCUUUUUAUAUUCUUACGCGUUUCCUUCUUCCGUUUCCAUGUCAGCCUCUCCUCUCUUUUAUAUUCUUUAGCGUUUCCUUUCCUUCCCUCUUUCCAUGUCAGCGUUUUCUUACUCCUCCUCUCUUUUUAUUCUUACGCGUUUCCUUCUUCCGUUUCCAUGUCAGCCUCUUCCCGUUUCCAUUAUAUUCUUACGCGUUUCCUUCUUCCGUUUCCAUGUUUGUCAGCCUCUCUCCUCUUUAUAUUCUUACGCGUUUCCUCCUUCUGUUUCCAUGUCAGCCUCUCCUCUCUUUAUAUUCUUUAGCGUUUCCUUCUUCCGUUUCCAUGUCAGCCUCUCCUCUCUUUAUAUUCUUACGCGUUUCCUUCUUCCGUUUCCAUGUCAGCCUCUCCUCUCUUUAUAUUCUUACGCGUUUCCUUCUUCCGUUUCCAUGUCAGCCUCUCUCUUUUAUAUUCUUACGCGUUUCCUUCUUCCGUUUCCAUGUCAGCCUCUCCUCUCUUUAUAUUCUUUUCCUAGCUUUCUUUGGCGUUUCCUUCUUCUCUUUAUUUCCAUGUCCCCUCUUUAAUGUCAGCCUCUCUUUAUAUUCUUACGCGUUUCCUUCUUCCGUUUCCAUGUCAGCCUCUCCUCUCUUUAUAUUCUUACGCGUUUCCUUCUUCCCGUUUCCUUCUUCCGUUUCCAUGUCAGCCUCUCCUCUCUUUAUAUUCUUUAGCGUUUCCUUCUUCCGUUUCCAUGUCAGCCUCUCUCUCUUUUAUAUUCUUACGCUGCUUCCUUCUUCCGUUUCCAUGUCCUUCUCUCCAUGUCCCCCUCUCCUUUAUAUUCUUACGUUUCCUUCUUCCGUUUCCAUGUCAGCCUCCUCCUCUCUUUAUAUUCUUAUGUUUACGCGUUUCCUUCUUCCGUUUCCAUGUCAGCCUCUCCUCUCUUUAUAUUCUUUUAGCGUUUCCUUCUUCCGUUUCCAUGCUCAGCUCUUCCUCCUCUCCGCUUUUAUAUUCUUACGCGUUUCCUUCUUCCGUUUCCAUGUCAGCCUCUCCUCUCUUUAUAUUCUUACGCGUUUCCUUCUUCCGUUUCCAUGUCAGCCUCUCCCUCUCUUUAUCCUCUUUCAUUCCAUGUCUUACGCCUUUCUUGCUUCCUCUUUAUUCGGCCUUCCUUUUAUAUUCUUACGCCUUCUUCCGUUUCCAUGUCAUAUUCUUCUCCUCUCCGUUUUAUAUAUUCUUUAUUCUUACGCGUUUCCUUCUUCCGUUUCCAUGUCAGCCUCUCCUCUCUCUUUUAUAUUCUUACGCCAUGUUUCCUUCUUCCGUUUCCAUGUCAGCCUCUCCUCUCUUUAUAUUCUUCUUUUAGCGUUUCCUUCUUCCGUUUCCAUGUCAGCCUCUCCUCUCUUUUCCUAUUCUUUAGUUCUUACGCGUUUUCCUUCUUCCGUUUCCAUGUCAGCCUCUCCUCUCUUUUAUAUUCUUACUUACGCGUUUCCUUCUUCCGUUUCCAUGUCAGCCUCUCUCUUUCUUUUAUAUUCUUACGCCCCUUUAGUUUCCUUCUUCCGUUUCCCAUGUCAGCCUCUCCUCUCUUUAUAUUCUUACGCGUUUCCUUCUUCCGUUUCCAUGUCAGCCUCCUCUCUUUUAUAUUCUUUAGCGUUUCCUUCUUCCGUUUCCAUGUCAGCCUCUCUCUUUUUAUAUUCUUACGCCGUUUCCUUCUUCCGUUUCCAUGUCAGCCUCUCCUCUCUUUAUAUUCUUACACGUUUCCUUCUUCCCGUUUCCAUGUCAGCCUCUCCUCUCUUUAUUCUUCCUUCUUCCGUUUCCAUGUCAGCCUCUCCUCUUUUUAUAUUUUUCCUUUCCUUCUUCCGUUUCCAUGUCAGCCUCUCCGUUUCCUUCUUCCUCUUUCAUGUCAGCCCUCUCUUAUAUUCUUUUCUUCCUCUUUCAUAUUCUUUAUAUUCUUACGCGUUUACUUCUUUCCGUUUAAUGUCAGCCUCUCCUCCUUUUAUAUUCUUCAGCGUUUCCUUCUUCCGUUUCCAUGUCAGCCUCUCUCUCUUUAUAUUCUUACGCGUUUCCUUCUUCCGUUUCCAUGUCAGCCUCUCCUCUCUUUAUAUUCUUACGCGUUUCCUUCUUCCGUUUCCAUGUCAGCCUCUCCUCUUUAUAUUCUUACGCCAUGUUUCCCUCCUUCCGUUUCCAUGUCAGCCUCUCCUCUGUUUAUAUUCUUUAGCGCUUUUCCUUCUUCCGUUUUUAUGUCAGCCUCUCCUCUCUUUAUAUUCUUUUAUAUUCUUACGCGUUUCCUUCUUCCGUUUCCAUGUCAGCCUCUCCUCUCUUUUAUAUUCUUUAGCGUUUCCUUCUUCCUUCUUUCCAUGUCAGCCUCUCCUCUCUUUAUAUUCUUACGCGUUUCCUUCUUCCGUUUCCAUGUCAGCUCUCUCCUCUCUUUAUAUUCUUACUUACACGCGUUUCCUUCUUCCGUUUCCCAUGUCAGCCUCUCCUCUUUUAUAUUCUUACGCGUUUCCUUCUUCCGUUUCCAUGUCAGCCUCUCCUCUCUUUAUAUAUUCUUUUUUUCCAUGCAGCCUUCCUUCUUCCGUUUCCAUGUCAGCCUCUCCUCUCUUUAUAUUCUUACGCGUUUCCUUCUUCCGUUUCCAUGUCAGCCUCUCCUCUCUUUAUAUUCUUACGCGUUUCCUUCUUCCGUUUCCAUGUCAGCCUCUCCUCUCUUUAUAUUCUUACGCGUUUCCUUCUUCCGUUUCCAUGUCAGCCUCUCCUCUCUUUAUAUUCUUUAGCGUUUCCUUCUUCCUCUUUCAUGUCAGCCCCUCCUCUCUUUAUAUUCUUACGCCCUCUCCUCUCUUUAUAUUCUUACUCGUUUCCUUCUUCCGUUUCCAUGUCAGCCUCUCCUCUCUUUAUAUUCUUAUGUGUUUCCAUCUUUCUCUUUAA